AGCCAAACAAAGUCACCAGCCUUUCAACUUUCAUGCAAAAAUCUCUCAUUACACCUAUAUAGGAAACUUCCUUAGAUAGUCCCUACCACCAUAAACAUCUUCAUGAAAUUGACUAGGAAAUUGCAAGAAAAUGGCUUAAUUAGACGUCAACUGAAAGCCAAAAUACUAAAAUGGUUAGUAGGCCAAUGCAACAGAGAAAAUUUUCAGAUAUAAGGGUCAUAACAUUGAACAUUAGCUACUCAACAAGUAGGUAAAAUCGCGCUUAUAAACUGUAUGUUAGUGUGAUCUGAGCAGGAGGAAGUACAAGGAGAGAAAUUUACGGUACCAUAACAGAAGAUGGUGGUCUCAAAGACUAUAGGGAAGUACCAACUUGGUCGAACGAUUGGGGAAGGAACAUUUGCCAAGGUCAAGCUUGGUAGAAACAGCACAAAUAACCAAAUUGUUGCUGUUAAAAUCAUUGACAAGCAGAUGGUCCUGUCAAAGAAACUUAUGUCUCAGGUGCAGAGAGAAAUCAGAACGAUGAAGCUCUUGAAUCAUCCGAACAUUGUAAGAAUACACGAGGUUAUCGGCUCAAAGACAAAGAUUUACAUAGUCAUGGAAUAUGUUGCAGGAGGGCAGCUCUCAGACAAAUUGACUUAUGCGGAGAAUUUAAGUGAGGAGGAAACACGAAGAUAUUUCCAGCAGUUGAUUGAUGCAGUAGACUAUUGCCAUUCCAGAGGGGUAUAUCACAGAGAUUUAAAGCCAGAAAAUCUGCUUUUGGAUAGCCAAGGAAACCUCAAAGUAUCAGAUUUUGGACUCAGUGCUUUGCAAAAGCCUGGAAGCUUAUUAUCAACAGCAUGUGGUUCUCCAAGCUAUGUUGCACCUGAGCUACUGAACCAUAAAACCUAUGACGGGGCAGCUGCAGAUGUCUGGGCUUGUGGAGUGAUCUUAUUUGAACUGCGCACUGGUUAUCUACCAUUCACUGAUGCCAAUCUACUGAAUUUGUACACAAAGAUAUUGAGAGCUGAGUAUGAAUGUCCGAAAUGGUUCACACCAAGUCAUAAGAACCUUAUUGGAAAAUUAUUGAAUCCUCGUCCGAAGAAGCGAAUUACAGUAGCAGAAAUCUUGGAAGAUGAGUGGUUUCAGAAAGAUUAUCAGCCUACUGCAGGAAUAGACUUCCAAGGAAAGAAUAACACAGAUGAUGUUGUUCGAGAAUUUUUCAAGUCACAAAAGGAGAGUUCAGAAGAUGUAACCAUCGCUGAAACUCAAGGAUUUAUCAAUGCCUUCCAACUAAUAGCAAUGUCAUGCGACCUUGAUCUAUCAGCAAUGUUUGAAGAGCAGGGUGACAAGGAGAACAGGAUAAUGCUGGGAUCCAAAUACACAAUCACUGAAACUUUACACAAGAUAGAGGAGGCUGCAAGCAAUGCGAGUCUUUCAGUUGAAAGGAUGAAUAACAGCAAGAUGCAAAUAAAGCUAAAAUCGAAGUUCCGUUCAUUUUUUAAUCUGUUGGCAGAGGUGGUUGAAGUGGCACCAACAGAUUGUGUUGUGGAAGUAUCAAAACCUGCUGGAGAAUCAGAGCUAUAUCAAGAGUUUUGUCGAAGUUUGUCUACUUUGCUAACAUAAGGAUCAGGCCAACAUCUAUUAUGAGGUAUCAAAUGAUGAAAACAUCACUAGCUCAAGGACAAAAACGCGGAGAACAUGGAUCACUUGAUAUCGACUCUGAAUAAGUGAUUGAUAGCUUCAAGCUUCCGGGAAUUAAUUACGUUUUAGUUGAGUGAAGUUGUAUUGUGACAGUCAAAGAAAUGCGAGUAAAAGGUAAUUCUGAAAUACAACUAAGCUUUGAUCAGUUGAUCCAUGUGGUUGGGAGACAUAAUGUCAAUCAUAAAAUUAAGCUUGAUCCAUUUAGUAUGUAGUAAGGUAGAUGUAGUUGCGUACGUUCUCUGAUGCAUUAUAUUCCGGCUUCUAAUGCUAUUGGCAGCAACGUAAAACAGUAAGUUGAAUGAACUACUUCGUCCAACUGAAGUUGGCAGUGUGCAUUGAUCUUUGUAGUGAUUAUUUAAGACCGUAGCUGGUUCUAGAGUGUUGAUUUCUCCCUCCAUGUCGUGCAAUUGC